AUGAUUCGAAUAAUCUUUAUUUGUUUUAUACUAUUUCCAAUAGCAAUCAAUGGAAAACUUCGUUCGUGUCCUAGUACAGGUGCUUUUAUUUGGGAUACUGUGCCACGUGCACCUCUUGUAGUUUAUGGUAAAUCAAUCGGCAAAGAAAUCUAUGUUGAUACUGACACAGAGCUUUUAUUUAAUGUCACAUUUCGUGUUGAAUGCGUAUUAAAAGGACAAGAUAUUAAUAAUCGGAUUGAAAUAACUGAUGCAGGUAUUAAAUCAGAUCGUAUUGCUUGUCAGUAUCUUGAUCCUGAAAAAUUUUAUGUUGUUUUUCUUGAAAGAUGUGGAUUAAAUAUGAGUGCUUAUUGUCCCAUUGAUGUUCAAGAACGUUUGGCUGAUGAUACAACAUUGGAGCUAUUGAAGAGAACAUGUCGUCUAAAACGAGAUCCACCUUUAUAUUCUUCGUCAAACAAUUGUCCAAAUGUAUCUAUGCCGGAAUUUUGUCAUUAUAAUGAUGUUAGUACAAAAAGAAAAGUUUUUGAUUACAUAAAUACAAUUGACAAGCCAUUAUUUUAUAAUGAGACUCAAAUUUUUCAUGAACCAAAUAAAAUCAUUAUUAAAGAAGGAAAAUUAAUCGAUUUAAUUGGAGAUAAUCCACGUAACUUUGCUCGCUUAUCAACAUUAAAUUCUUUGUGGGUGAUCAAUCUUGCUGUUAGCGUACUAAUGUGUUUAUCAAAGAUUAAUUGA